GCAUCAAAGGGGAAACUUUUUGGUGAGAUAGUGCAACUGACGGAAAAGCUGCGUAGAGUGGUGAAUCUAUUUUCUGUGGAGAGAAGUUGGCUAGCAGUCUCUGAUGGGGUGAAUCGAGGGGUGGCCGAUCUCUUCGACAGAAGAUAAAAGGAGAACGGGAGAGGUCAAACGCACGGUGCUUUGUUUCCUUGUAUAUAUGGAGCGGUGACCUUCCACGAGCCGAGUAGGAUUGAGGAUGAGAGCGGCACAAUCGGAGCAGCCUCGGCUCGGUGAUCCCGAUGAAGCACAGCAAGUUCGCACAGGGGGGUGGAUCACCUUCCCCUUCAUCUUAGUAAGCAAUCUGGGGCUGGGGCUGGCUUUGUCGGGAGCAACAGCCAACCUCAUCGUGUACUUAGUCGAGGAGUACAACGUGAAGAGCAUCGACGCCGCCCAGAUUGGGAACAUCGUCAGCGGCAGCACCAACCUUGCACCCGUGGUCGGGGCCAUCGUCUCAGAUGCCUUCUUUGGUUGCUACCCUGUUAUUGUCUCCUCCUCUAUCAUCUCCCUGCUGGCGGUGGUUCUGUUGACGCUGACCGCCGCCGUCCGGUCGCUGCAGCCACCGCCAUGCGCAUUCGGCUCCGACGCCUGCGAGGCGCCGACGGCGGGUCAGAUGGCGUUCCUCUUCACGGCGGUGGCGCUGGUGGCCGUCGGGGCUGGCGGGUCGCGGUUCAACAUUCUCGCCAUGGGAGGAGGCCAGUUCGACGAGGUUCGGGACCAGGUCAUUUUCUUCAACUGGUACUUCAUCGUCCUCUACGUUUCGGCCGUGGUCGGCUCCACCGUCCUCGUCUUCGUGGAGGACAGCGUCAGCUGGACUCUGGGCUACGCACUGUGCACCGUCGCCAACGCCGUCGCCGUGGUCGUCCUCCUCCUCGGUACCAAGUACUACAGAAGGCCUGCCGCCCAAGGAAGCCCAUUCACCGGCAUGGCUCGAGUUAUCGUUGCCGCCUUCAAGAAAUGGAACGUGAAGGUGUCACAGCAGAACCCAAGUUAUUACUACGGUUCAGGUGGGGAUGACGAUCCUAACAGUGAUGUUCCGACUCAAAGCCUCAGGUUUCUGAACCGCGCUGCAUGGAUCUGCCAUGGCAACACGCGGGCCGACGGCUCCAUCGCCAGGCCAUGGAGCCUCUGCACCGUCCGACAAGUGGAGGAUCUCAAGGCCAUCGUCCGCGUGCUCCCUCUCUGGAGCGCCUCCAUCUUCCUCAGCAUCUCCAUCGGCAUCCAACUCAGCCUCAGCGUGCUGCAAGCCCUCACCAUGGACCGAUCUCUGGGCCCCCACUUCUCCAUCCCCGCCGGCUCCAUGGUCGUCUCCUCCUUCGCCACCACCACGGUAUCUCUCUUCCUCCUCGACCGCCUCCUCCUCCCCCUCUGGUGCCGGCUCGCCGGCCGCCCCUCGACCCCGCUCCAGCGCAUCGGCCUCGGCCAAGUCAUCAACGCGGCCGGCAUGGCCACGUCGGCUCUGGUGGAGCGGCGGCGCGCGGCCGUCGUGCACGCGCACCACGCGGAGGGCCAGCCCGGGUGGGUCGUGCCGAUGACAGCGCUCUGGCUGGUGCUGCCGCUGGCGGUGACCGGGGUGGGGGAGGCGCUGCACUUCCCGAGCCAGGUGGCGCUGUACUACCAGGAGUUCCCGCAGUCGCUGCGGAGCACGGCGACGGGGAUGGUUGCCGUGCUCAUCGCGCUCGGCUUCUACCUCAGCACCGCCGUCGUAUCCUUGGUUCGACGGGCCACGGGGUGGCUGCCGGACAACAUAAACGGCUCCAAGAUGGAGAACGUGUAUUGGCUGCUGACAGCGUUGACAAUGGUCAACUUCGUAUACUACUUAACGUGUGCAAUGCUCUACAAGUAUCGAAGUGCUCCCAAGGAGGCAGAUGGUGUCGCUGCAAAUGAAGGAGGUCACUGAUCUCCAUGUAAUAGCGUUGCUUGUUGAUGUUCAUGAGAUCAUUAGACCAUUAUUGCCUAUGAAUUAUUGUAUGCAUUUUGAGGACUUGUUCUCCAUCACAUCAUGAGAAAAUAUUCUGAAUA